AUGUGGAGGAAUCUGGACAUCAUUUUCGUGUUCAUGGUGUUCUUCUUGGCCACUGCCCUUGUUGCAACGGAAUACAUCACGGCUGCAAAGAGCAAAGGGGAAGUCCUAGUGUUCCGUCGUGGUCAUAUACCUGUACAGGAAUCCAAAUCUUCUGACGACGAAGAAUCUGCUCAACCUGUACAGCAAUUGGUCGUUGAUGUUGAGGAGAAGGUGAAGAGGGACGGCGCGGUCUCUGGGCUUCAAAAGCAAACCUCGAUAUUCCAUUGGGAAGAUGUUUGCUACCAUAUCAACAUCAAAGGUGAAGGACGACGUCUUUUGGAUAAUGUAGAUGGAUGGGUUGAGCCAGGGACUUUGACCGCGCUAAUGGGGGCGUCAGGUGCUGGGAGGACUACGCUUCUGGACACUCUGGCCAGUCGAGUGACGAUGGAUGUAGUUACCGGAAACAUGUUCGUUGAUGGACAACAGCGAGACAAAUCGUUUCAACGGAAGACGGGAUACGUACAACAGCAGGACUUGCAUCUUCAGACUUCAACAGUUCGCGAGGCCCUUAUCUUCAGUGCAUGUCUCAGACAACCACAAGAUGUCCCAGAUGCUGAAAAGGUCGCUUAUUGUUCUGAAGUCAUCCGUCUGCUAGGUAUGGAAAAGUAUGCUGAUGCCGUCAUCGGUGUCCCUGGUGAAGGUGCGUGCAGCGGCUCCGAAAUAGUUGAAAGCUUCUUUUAUUCCUAG